AUGAAUGUUAAUGAUAACAAUAAUAAUAAUAAUAGUAUAAAUAAAAGUAAAAGUCAGCGUAAAAUAAAGAAUGAUAAUGAUAUAGUGGAUGUUGAUAUUGAAGAUUUAGAUUUAGAUGUAGAUGUAGAUAUUAUAGAUUUAGAUAGUGAUAGUAAUAAUAGUAGUAGUAGUUAUAAUAGUAAGAGUAGGAAUAAUGGUAAUGAGUUAGUAGAGAACGAUGAUAGUGAGAAUGAUUAUAUGUAUAAAGAUAAAUAUUAUAGUUUGGUGAUAUCCAGAUGUUACUAUCGGGUGUUCAUUCGUCAUAUCUCAAAGAUGAAAGUAGUACGAUCGUAUAUGUUCGAUCGUCGCUAUACUUUUAUUAUGUAUGAGCAUAUCAAUAUUUAUUUGAUAGAGUUGUUUGGCGAUAUCGUAUCAAAGAAUGUUCGAUUCGACGACGACAAGUUGAAGUUCAGCUUUGUCAUUGACGACAACAGUGGUGGAACCAUAGAGUGUCUGCUUACCACUGCUGCAAGCACCUCUGACCAACAACUCAGAAUUCAACAACAACUAUCGAAUCAACUGGUACUCGGUAGAUUCGUACGUCUAUGGGGAUAUCUAGAUCUGACCAGUCAGAGUUGUCCGAGAUGUAUAGUCGAUAGAUUUGAAGCAGUAGACGAUGUCAAUAAACAAUCACUACUUUGGUUACAAUGUAUAGAAUUACAUCAAACUCUUUAUAUACCCUACUCAAAACAAUAA